CGCUUUGUGUGUAUAACACACAAGGAGCUAGCUGACCGAUUAGCUGGCUUGUCUGCACUAGCAAACCUUGCACUGCAGGGUACUUUGUGAUUGUGUAAGUGUAAAAGUAUUGUAAUUGCACUCAAAAUCGCAAGUGCAGGAUUAUAAUAACAACUCGUAUUUCGUAGUAGAGUGAGCCCUUGAAAUUGUAAAAAGUUUUAUUGGCAGAAGUGUGUGCGUAAGUAGUAUUGAUACACGUACACACAUCUACAUACAUAUAUGUAUAUAUAUAAAUACAUAUACAUAUAUACAUAAGUCUAUACAAAUGUACAAAACAGGCGGAAGCAUCACAACGUGAGCGGCAGCGCUUCGUCGUAAACUCGAAACGGAAUACGCAAUAAAUGAUAACGACCUUCUGCAGUUUUGAAAAAAAAAAUACACACUACAGUGUUACAGCUUUGCAUAUGCAGGUUGUUGAAGCUACAACUACUAUUAAAACCCUGCUAUAAUAAUAAUAACAGCAGAAACCGAGAAAAACGGGUGUGCAGGGUGUAGUCGCCUGACACAGCAGCGUGAAAAACAAAGCAGCACGCUUUAGCUCAUUUGCUUUAAUUGAAUAUCGCUGCCGCUGGAUACAUUUGCAGCGGAAAAUAAAAGCAGAAGAGUUGUGUCAUUAUUGCUGCCUCCCGCCCUAAUAAGAGAGAAGUAAGGAGAACAACACUUGCUGGAUAUGCCUCACACAAGGGCUGCCGCCGCUGAAGCUGCAGCUGCGGGCAGCGCCAAUGGCCAGCCAUUGGUUAAAAUUGGUCAUUACCUCCUUGGAGCAACGCUGGGCACUGGAACCUUCGGAAAGGUUAAGAUUGGCGAGCAUCAAAUGACGCGACACAAGGUGGCUGUUAAAAUAUUGAACCGUCAGAAGAUCAAAAGCUUGGAUGUGGUGGGCAAGAUACGUCGAGAAAUACAAAAUUUAAAACUGUUUCGACAUCCACAUAUUAUAAAGCUUUACCAGGUCAUCUCGACACCCACGGACAUCUUUAUGAUUAUGGAAUACGUGAGCGGUGGCGAGCUGUUUGACUACAUUGUCAAGCAUGGUAAGCUUCAGGAGCAUCAGGCACGUCGUUUCUUUCAGCAAAUUAUUUCGGGCGUCGACUACUGCCAUCGUCAUAUGAUCGUGCAUCGCGAUUUAAAGCCGGAGAAUUUACUCCUUGACCACAAUAUGCACGUGAAGAUUGCCGAUUUUGGCCUGUCUAACAUGAUGUUAGAUGGUGAGUUCUUGCGUACGUCUUGCGGCUCGCCUAAUUACGCGGCACCUGAGGUCAUUUCCGGAAAAUUAUAUGCUGGCCCUGAAGUAGAUAUUUGGUCGUGUGGUGUAAUACUCUACGCGCUGCUUUGUGGCACAUUGCCUUUCGAUGACGAGCAUGUACCCACACUGUUUCGCAAGAUCAAGUCGGGGAUCUUUCCUAUACCCGAGUACCUAAACAAGCAGGUGGUGAACUUGGUGUGCCAGAUGCUGCAGGUGGAUCCGUUGAAGCGCGCAAACAUAGAGGAGAUAAAAAAGCACGAGUGGUUCCAGAAAGAAUUACCCGCCUACCUUUUCCCUUCAUCCAUUGAACAGGACUCUAACGUCAUUGACACAUAUGCGGUAGCGGAGGUAUGCACAAAGUUUGGCGUCAAAGAAGCUGAGGUUCACAAUGCGCUCCUUAGUGGUGACCCGCAUGACCAAUUGGCCAUUGCUUACCAUCUUAUUAUAGACAACAAGCGCUUCGCCGACGACGCAGCUAAUCAAAUCAACGAGAUAAACAAUUUCUUUGUUGCUGGAUCGCCACCGCCGACGGCGCACUCACCACACGACCGGCCGCACGAUGUAGGCCAGGCGCCCAUAGCUACUGUCAUUGUUGGCGGUGGCACGGCUGCCAGCUCCGGCACCGCCACUCCUGUACCCAAUGGCAGCGCACCGCCAAGCGCAAAUGUGCCUGCCAUACGACCCCAUCCUGAGCGCAUAGCGCCCAUGAGAGAGCGCCAACUGGCCAUGUCGGUACAGAACUCGGGUGGUGCCGCCUUUCCCGAAAAGACGGCGCGCGGCGGCACACCCAUAAAGCGUGCAAAAUGGCAUCUAGGCAUCCGAUCGCAAAGCAAGCCCAAUGACAUUAUGCUCGAGGUAUAUCGCGCUAUGAAGGCGCUUAAUUACGAAUGGAAAAUCAUUAAUCCCUACCAUGUUCGCGUGCGACGCCAGAAUGUGAAGACGGGCAAGUUUUCCAAGAUGUCACUGCAACUAUACCAGGUGGACGCCAAAAGCUACCUUCUCGACUUUAAGUCGCUCACCAACGACGAAGUGGAGCAGGGGGACGACGUCAUCAUGGAGAGCUUGACGCCGCCGCCGCUUAGUGUGACUGGUGUGAUGCCGUUGCAGCCAACUGGCCACCACACUAUGGAGUUUUUCGAAAUGUGCGCCGCCCUAAUCAUACAACUGGCGCGCUAGACCAAAAACAAAACCAAAAUCCGAUGCGGUACUCACAAACAAAUAUAACAAAACAGACCAGAUUAGACCUUCUUUUCAAUCUACUAACAAUUGUUAAGCUUAUGUUUUUUGUGUAUUUGUAUUUGGGCGACACCCGCUAGCUUUCCAAUUUGUUGCAACGCUUGGCACGGGUCUGAAUUCGUAUUUUUAUAUAUUAUUAUAAUGUGUAUGUAUAUUGUAUUAACGGAUUGCUUCGGGGCGUUCUAGUCUAAGCAGACACCCGAAGUCAUGAAGGCUUUAGCUGGAGGGCAGCUGCGGUGGCGGUCUGCGCCUAGUGGCUAAUAUGUUACUCAACAGAGCAGUGAAUUAUCGAUGCGUAUGUAUACUUUGUACUUGUUGUAAUUGUUACAAACCAUAAGAACUAUGCUAAAUAAAGCGAUCUAUAUAUUGUUGCUAGAUAGAUA